GAAGUUAUAGCGUCGUCUUCAAAUUCGUUAUUGGUGAAACGAAAAAGAAAGAGGGAGAGAGAGAGAGAAAGAGAGAAAAAGAGAAAAAAAGAAAGAGAGAGAGAGAGAGAAAGAGAGAAAAGUCCAGUGUGGCGCAAAGCAGCCAAUCGAAAAACAAAUCGCGCCAAGAUAAAUGCCAGCCACGUGGAAGGAUAUUAAGGACUCCAAGGAGAGAUAGGAUUUUUCCGAAACGAUGAUUUCGAGAUAUCAAGUUUUCGCUGCGAUCACGCUGCUUACGACUAUCUUGUUUUAUCGGACGAUGGCGCAAGUCGAUGGUUACACACCUGGUGUCGAUUAUCCCAUCUACAAUUCCGUACCAUUUGGACUAACUUUUACCUGUGGAGGAAAGUUACCUGGAUAUUAUGCGGAUCCAGAAGCAAGAUGUCAGGUAUGGCAUUGGUGCUUACCAAACGGUCGACAAUUCAGCUUCCUUUGUCCUAAUGGCACAGUAUUUAGUCAAACGGCACGAGUCUGUGAUUGGUGGUUCAAGGUCGACUGUAACGAUUCGCCAAGACUUUAUGGCAUAAACGAUGACCUCUACAGAGACGUCAAUGGAAACAGGAUUUAAUAUUGUCAAAGAAUUUGACACCCGUAUAUAUAUAGCAAUAAGAGUGUAUAUUAAUAAAAAAAAUCUUUUUCUAUAAACUCAAUACAACAAUAGAACAAUAAUACA